UUUGGUCCUCUCCCUCUCUUUAAGUCAUGUUCCUCCCUCCUUUUUUGACCUCAACACUUUUUCUUCCUUCCUUCCAAUUGCAAUAUGGGGUUUGGUUUGUGAGUUUGAUAAUAGACUUAGCUUUCUUUGUAACAAAGUGGUGGGGUGGCCAUGGAGGGGCAGCAACCAUCAGCAGAAAAUGGAAGAGUAUCAGAGGAUUACACAGAAGGGAGAGAAAAGGGUCAUCAUUCCCUGAAUCAAGUUGCAACUGGGUCUUUCCCUGCUUUCUUUGGGAAGCAUAGGUUGCAAGCUGCCAUAACUCACCUCAAUAACGAAAUCACUAUUAUGCAGGAAGAAUUAACACAACUUGAAACAAUAGGUGAAUCCUCCACUGUUUGCAAGGAUGUCAUUUCAAGCGUUGAAUCCAUUCCUGAUCCACUUCUUCCGUUGACCAAAGGUUCGGUCGAUGCUGGUUGGGAUCGAUGGUUCGGAGGUGCACCCAACUCUCGAAAUCAUAAACGCUGGAUUUAGAAAUUUUGUUUUAUAUUUAUAUACUUUUUUGUUUGAUUUGUGAACACAAUUGAAUAUUUCCCUCUGCAAGAGAUAAAAACAAAAGGGACAUUGUAAUGUAU